AACUUCCGGUCACGGCCGCGUGACGCCAUACUCAAAACAAGCAGAAAAUGAGAGGUCCCUUAGAGAGUAAAAAGUCUAGAAACAGUACCCUUGAUCUCGUCAAAUUGACUCAGUCGCUUUGAGUAAAACAGUUAAGAUGAGUCUAAAGCGUCAUUUAGUGAUAUUUGAAUAACGGGGGACAAUCAGUAGAUGAGACCAAAAGUAAAAAAUUUACGUUAGCUAGUUAGCACAGUAACUUGCUAGCCCCGGCGAGCUAGCUAGCCACCAAGAACCCCCGACAUUUGAGAACGGCUAACCUUACUGGACUUUGGGACACUGGUGGUGGCUGUCACUGUAUCUGUGCCGCAUGAUGUCUCUUUUUCAGGGAGUGAGAGGUAAGGCUAGGCAUCUCUCCAGUUGACGCUGUUCCCUGGAGCGGCCUUAGCCAAGUCGAAGAGACGGGGAACAGGAUAGGGAAGCAGGGCGGCUCGGCCACCUCGGAGCCUGUGGAGAAGAUGGCGGGGAGCCCCGAGAAGAGUUCGUCCGCCCAGGAGCUGAAGGAGCAAGGCAACCGGCUUUUUCUCUGCCGCAAAUACCAGGAGGCCGCUACCUGCUACAGUAAAGCAAUAAAUCGAAAUCCAUCAGUAGCUGUGUACUACACAAACCGUGCCCUGUGCUAUGUGAAACUACAGCAGUACGACAAAGCAUUAGCUGAUUGCAAACACGCCCUUGAACUGGACACCCAAUCCGUGAAAGCUCACUUCUUUUUGGGCCAAUGCCACUUGGAGCUUGAGAAUUAUGAAGAGGCCAUAGGAAACCUACAGAGAGCUUAUAACCUGGCAAAGGAGCAGCGCCUGAACUUUGGUGAUGACAUCCCAAGCGCACUGCGUCUUGCAAAGAAGAAACGCUGGAAUAGUUUGGAGGAGAAACGCAUCAACCAGGAAAACGAGCUGCACGCCUAUCUUACAAAGCUUAUCCUGGCGGAGAAAGAGAGGGAAAUCGAGGAAUGCAGAGAGAAGCAAGUGGAUGAUAAUCAGAGUGGAAGUGAGAUCAGCAAAAUCAAGUCAAAACACGAUAAGUAUCUGCUGGACAUGGAUGAGCUGUUUGCUCAGGUGGAUGAGAAAAGAAAGAAAAGAGAGAUCCCAGACUACCUGUGUGGAAAGAUCAGUUUUGAAUUGAUGAGAGAACCCUGCAUCACCCCCAGCGGCAUCACCUACGAUCGCAAAGACAUUGAGGAACAUCUACAGCGUGUUGGCCAUUUUGAUCCAGUGACUCGCAGCCCCCUGACCCAGGACCAGCUCAUCCCCAAUCUGGCAAUGAAGGAAGUGAUCGACGCUUUUAUCCAAGAGAAUGGCUGGGUGGAGGAUUAUUGAACACAAACAAACACACACACACACACACAAACAAAAACACAUCCACACACACAAACACACAGCGCACUCACAGACACACACUUGUAAAGCAGCGCAGCGAGCAGAUGAGAGGAAGUGGAGUGGAGCAGACUGAACAAACAGACAUCCUCUUGAACUCGCACUUUAAACAUGGGGGACGCCAUGGACUAUUUCUCAGGUCUCCCUCCUUCUCUCUCUUUUACUCUCUCUCUGUUUUCCUAUCUCUCUCUCUUUCUAUCUCCCUCUUUCUAUCUUUCUCUGUGUGUGCCACAAGCCUGAAUUCAAUCGCUUUAAAUUGGAGCCGUGUCAAUCAAGAUUUUCAAACUCAAUCUGUCUCAUGACCCUGCACAUUUUUGUUUUCAGUAUCACUUUGAUUUGAGCUGAUUUUCUUGCUGAUAUUGCCCCCAUUCAGAAACCCUCACUGAAACAUGCCGCGCAAACCGUUAUGGAAAACUUAUGCAGAAAAUACUAAGGAAAUGUAAAAUUUCAAUCUGUUAUUGGAUAUCUUUUAUUAGCUGUAAUGGACAGAAUGCGUUAGUUACAAGAGAGACAAAAUCACCAGAGGAUAUGUGGAUGUGUUUGGGAGAACGUUUGUGUGUCAGAAUUAUAUAUUUUUUUGCAUUAGAACAGCGGUGUUGAUAGAUGCCAGUUAGGCUCUUAAUGCUGUAUAAUCAAUAACGUACACGAGUGGCUGGAAAUGUUACAUUUUUUUGGUGUGUGUGUGUGCGUGCGUGUGUGCGUGCAAGCGGUUGUGUGUGUGUGCAUGUGAGAUUGUCCAUCUUUGAUCUCAGAGCUUCUAUUAGAAUGCACUUUCAGUUGCAGGAGAUUUUGUAACUCUCAGAUCUACAGUGUAAUUCAUGGUACCUCAUCGUACACAUACUCUCUAUCUACUACAGCGUGCAGAUACAGCCCGGCUCAAUCUCACAAUCAGAGCUCAACCCACAGUGGCGGACAUGUUUGGAGGGUAAUGGAUGAUGGCUUGGUUGUCUGGACCCACAGUGGCGGACAUGUUUGGAGGGUAAUGGAUGAUGGCUUGGUUGUCUGGACCCACAGUGGCGGACAUGUUUGAAGGGUAAUGGAUGAUGGUUUGGUUGUCUGGACCUUCGUGUCUCUGUGGGCCAUGUCCCUGCUGUAUGCGCCCUUAUGCCUCAUGCUCUUAACUCCAGAGUGGACUUCACUUUUUUUCCUGUCUUUUUUUUUUUUAUUAUUAUUAUUAUUAUUAUUAUUAUUAUUAUUAUUAUAAAGAAAAUGCUGUUUGGUGAUUACUGAAGGUUUUCUUUUCAGUGGUCAAAGCCUCAAACACCAGUGCACCCACUCAAUAGAAGAUUGUCAAAGAGCAUCCCCGGAGAUUCACAGGUCUCCUUUCAACUGUUACAGACAAUAGAAAAGUAUUAAAAUGAAUACGCAACCUUA